AUGACGACUACAAUUAUCCCUAAAGCCCUCAAAUCGGGUGACACAAUAGCAUUUGUUUCCCCUUCAUCACGGCUAAAUGAAUCGCUGCCAACUCCAGUGUCACGGAGUAUGAAGCUCUUUGAGGGUAGAGGAUAUCCAGUCAAAACGAUAUACUCACCAAUCCCGACCUCAAAUUCUACUUCGAUAUUCCUCCAAAGGGCUCAGCAUGUCGCAAAUGAAAUCCAUGAAGCUUUCCUUGACCCUCAAGUAACUUGUAUUAUCACUACAAUAGGGGGAACAGAAGCUAACGAGGUCUUGCGGCACAUCGAUUACGAGAUCAUCCGCAACAAUCCCAAGAUCUUCGUUGGGUACUCGGACAUCACUCAUUUGUUAUAUGCCUUCUUUGUCAAGGCAGGCUUGCGAGGCUUUUAUGGGCCAUGUGUUUUUACCGAAUUUGCGGAGUUUCCAGAGCCGGAUGUAUUUACAACGAACCACUUUUUCCAGGUUCUCCUGGGUAAAGGACCCUCUGGAACUGAAGGAAUCGCAGGAAAGCAGAUCCCGAUGUCGACUUCCUUUACCCAUCUUACACUGCCGUUUUUGCUCGAACCUGGGAAAGACGAUAGCCAGGACAUUCGCGAAACGAUUCCCACACGACAAGCUCGCUUCUUGCGUCCUGGAACUGCCACCGGGCCUCUUCUGGGAGGCUGUUUACGCAAACUCGUCUCUCUCUGUGGGUCGCCGUUCUUGCCGUCUUCAUUACACAAGGGGGCGAUCUUCUUCUUCGAAGUGUCUCAAGGAGAGAACUUUACCGCCAUGCCCCUGAAGAGGAUUCGUUCCGACCUCGUAGAUCUUAUCAAUACUGGCUUAUGGGAUGACAUUGCGGGACUUGUGGUGGGGCGGACUUCCUUAUAUGACGAGGAGAUGAACAAAGAACUAGAACGCAUGAUCGAAGAGCUAGUUGAUGGUGGACCGAAUGGAGGGUACAAAUGGCCGGUGCUGUUUGGGGUGGAUAUUGGUCACACUAGUCCUAUGUUGACCAUACCUUUCGGGGCACUCGCUAGACUGGAUAGCACUACACACGAGUUUUCGUUUCUAGAGGAAGGGGUUCUAUAA